GGGCAACUAGUAAAUGUCCUUCUAGUCCUCUAUGCUACAAGAAAACUGAAACAGCUACCACCUAUACAUGUGAAUGGGUGACAUCUGAGUCUAUGAAGAAUGUAACCUAUGAGCUUUUUUACAGGUAAGUUAACUAGCUAUGCAUAGUUGUGGACUUUCCAUAGGGUACACAGACAGAGAAGUGUUAUUAUGACACCAGGAACCCGGCAAUAUAUGAGCAAAUUAAUAACUCCUAAUUAAAGAGCUACCUGUAUAUACAUUGUAACAAUUUUAUUAUAACAAACUAAAAGCAAAUAUGAGUGUUGUGAAGUAUGAGUGUGUGCACAUUAUAUGCAUGUCAGUAUUUCCGAUGUGGAUGAGGUGGAGGAGUCAGGCGCAGGACACAGAGGAUACGUCCAAAAGACUUUAAUAGUCCAAAGAGCAACAAACAAAACAUGACCUCGAAAACAGACGGAGGCGAGGCAAUUACGCAAACACGCGUAAACAAUAAUCCCAAACAUAGACAGAGUGCAGACACGCAGCUCUGCACGACAGGCAGAAAAUAACAACACACAAUCAGACUAAUGCAAAACACGGAACUUAUAAGACAAGUAAUCAACACACAAAUGGACACAGGUGUAAAAGACAGACAAAAGCAAUCACACUACGAAACAUAGAGCGGUGGCAGCUAGUACUCCGGGGACGGCGAACGCCGAAGCCUGCCCGAACCAGGAGGAGGAGCAGUCUCGGCAGAAUCCGUGACAGUACCCCCCCCUUGACGUGCGGCUCCAGCCGUGCGCCGACCCCGGCCUCGGGGACGGCCAGGAGGACGCGGACCCGGGCGCGUGGGAUGCCCACGGUGGAACUCAGUCAGGAGGGAUGGAUCGAGGAUGUCCCUCCUGGGCACCCAGCACCGUUCCUCCGGACCGUACCCCUCCCACUCCACGAGAUACUGGAGACCACUCAUCCGGCGCCUCGAGUCCAAGAUGGUCCGGACCCUGUACGCCGGGGCCCCCUCGAUGUCCAAAGGGGGCGGAGGGGUCUCUCCUAUCUCAUCUUCUUGGAGUGGGCCAGCUACCACCGGCCUGAGACGAGACACAUGGAACGAGGGGUUAAUAUUUUUGUACUCUAUAGGCAGUUGUAACCUGUAACACACCUCGUUCAAUCUUCUCAGGACUUUGAAGGGCCCCACAAACCGCCGACCCAGCUUCCGGCAGGGCAGGCGGAGGGGCAGGUUUCGAGUCGAGAGCCAGACUCGAUCUCCCGGUGCGUACACCGGUCCCUCACUGCGGUGGCGAUCGGCGCUCGCCUUUUAUUGACGGAUGGCACGCUGCAGAUGGACAUGGGCAGCGUCCCACGUCUCCUCCGAGCGCCGAAUCCACUCGUCCACCGCAGGGGCCUCGAUCUGGCUCUCGUGCCAUGGUGCCAGGACCGGCUGAUAACCUAAAACACACUGGAAAGGUGUUAAAUUGGUGGAGGAGUGGCGGAGAGAGUUCUGGGCCAUCUCUGCCCAGGGGAUGAACCUAGACCACUCCUCCGGCCGGUCCCGGCAAUAGGACCUCAAAAACCUACCCACAUCCUGGUUGACACGUUCCACCUGCCCAUUGCUCUCUGGGUGGUACCCCGAGGUAAGGCUUACCGAGACCCCCAAUCGUUCCAUGAACGCCCCCCAAACUCUGGAGGUGAACUGGGGACCUCGGUCAGACACAAUAUCCUCGGGGACCCUAUAGUGCCGGAACACAUGGGUAAAUAGGGCCUCAGCGGUUUGUAGGGCAGUAGGGAGACCCGGCAUUGGAAGGAGACGACAGGCCUUGGAAAACCGAUCCACAACGACCAAAAUGGUGGUAUUCCCCUGGGAGGGGGGUAGGUCGGUUACAAAAUCCACCGAUAGGUGGGACCAUGGUCGUUGUGGAACGGGCAGGGGAUGUAACUUACCCCUGGGCAAAUGUCUAGGCGCCUUACACUGGGCACACACCGAGCAGGAGGAGACAUAAACCCUCACAUCCUUAGCUAACGUUGGCCACCAGUAUUUCAUGCUAAGACAGUGCACGGUCCGGCCAAUACCUGGAUGUCCAGAGGAGGGUGAUGUAUGAGCCCAAUAAAUAAGAAGAUCACGAACCUCGAGCGGAACAUACGUCCGCCCCACAGGACACUCGGGGGGGAGUAGGGUCGGUACGCAGUGCCCGCUCGAUUUCCGCAUCGACCUCCCAUACCACCGGAGCCACCAAACAAGACUCCGGCAGUAUGGAAGUAGGCUCGUUGGACCUCUCCUCUGUGUCAUACCGCCGGGAGAGGGCGUCUGCCUUACCAUUCUGGGACCCUGGGAUGUAUGUGAUCUUAAAAACAAACCGGGUUAGGAACAUGUUCCACCUAGCCUGACGAGGGUUCAAUCUCCUAGCUGCCCGGAUGUACUCCAGGUUACGGUGAUCAGUCAGAAUGAGGAAAGGGUGUUGAGCCCCCUCAAGCCAAUGCCUCCACACCUUUAGGGCCUGGACUACGGCUAACAGCUCCCUGUCCCCAACGUCAUAGUUGCGCUCCGCCGAGCUGAGCUUCUUGGAGUAGAACGCACAGGGGCGGAGUUUAGGUGGCGUGCCGGACCGUUGUGACAGGACUGCCCCAAUACCGGUCUCGGACGCGUCUACCUCUACUUGGAAUGGUAAAGAGGGAUCCGGAUGCGCCAGCACCGGGGCCGAGGUGAACAGGUUCUUCAGCUUGACAAAUGCCCUGUCCGCCUCAGCCGACCACUGCAAACGAACCGGACCCCCCUUUAGCAGGGACGUAAUGGGAGCUGCAACUUGUCCAAAACCCCGAAUAAACCUCCGGUAGUAAUUAGCAAAACCCAAGAACUGCUGCACCUCUUUUACAGUGGUUGGAGUUUGCCAAUUACGCACGGCCGAUACACAGUCUACCUCUAUCUCCACACCAGACGCGGACAACCGAUAACCCAAAAAGGAGACGGACUCCUGGAAGAACAGGCAUUUCUCUGCCUUGACGUACAAGUCAUGCUCCAACAGUCUUCUCAACACUCGGCGCACCAGGGCUACAUGCUCAGCUCGUGUAGAAGAGUACACUAGGAUGUCGUCGAUGUACACUACUACACCCUGCCCAUGCAUGUCCCGGAAAAUCUCGUCAACAAAGGAUUGGAAGACUGAAGGAGCAUUCAUUAACCCGUAUGGCAUGACGAGAUACUCGUAAUGACCCGAGGUGGUGCUAAAUGCUGUUUUCCAUUCAUCCCCCUCCCUAAUGCGCACCAGAUUGUACGCGCUCCUGAGAUCCAACUUUGUGAAGAACUGCGCUCCGCGUAACGAUUCCGUCAUAGUCGCAAUCAGUGGAAGUGGGUAACUGUCCUUAACUGUGAUCUGAUUGAGACUACGGUAAUCAAUACACGGGCGCAAUCCCCCGUCCUUCUUCUUCACAAAGAAGAAACUCGAGGAAACCGGGGAAGUGGAGGACCGUAUGUAUCCCUGUGCCAAGGACUCGAGUAUGUAAGUCUCCAUAGCCGCUGUCUCCUCUUGAGACAGGGGAUACACACGACUCCGUGGAAGAGCCGCUCCUGUUUGGAGAUUUAUCGCACAGUCCCCCUGUCUAUGAGGAGGUAGCCGUGUUGCCCUCGAUUUGCUGAACACAAGUGCUAAGUCCUCAUACUCAGGGGGAAUGCGCAGUGCGGGCACUUGGUUCGGACUCUCUACCGAGGUCGCCCCUAUGGAAACACCUAGACAUCUCCCUACACACUGGGCAGACCACUCCAUAAGAGCCCUCUGUUGCCACGCAAUGGUAGGAUCAUGGGUGCUUAACCAGGGAAGCCCCAACACCACGGGGUACGCAGGAGAGUCAAUCAGAUAAAACUGAAUGAUCUCCUCAUGACCCCCCCUGCGUCGUCAUCGUCAGUGGUGCUGUGACCUCCCUGAUCAGGCCCGACCCCAACGGCCGGCUGUCUAAGGCGUGGACAGGAAAUGGAGCUUCUACCGGCCGAAGGGGAAUUCCUAACCUACAACAAAAUGCCCGAUCAAUAAAGUUCCCAGCUGCGCCUGAAUCUACUAGCGCCUUAUGCUGAGAAUGAGGUGCCACCUGUGGAAAUCUCACAGAAAUACUCAUGUGACCAACAGAAAGCUCUGGGUAAGUGGGGCGCCUACUCACCUGAAAUGAGUCCCCAGUGCGUGACCUGUUGUCCCCUCUCCCAGGAGACCCUCCCCAGCACCUGGCCGCGGUGUGUCCUCCACGACCACAGUUGGUGCAGGGUAUGGCCCCCCUCGGGUUCUCUCUCCUCCUCUCUCUAGCGCCAGCACCCCCGAGCUCCAUGGGAAUCGGCUCGGAGGUGCUGGAGGGUGGAAUGGACGACCCCCACUCGGGACGUCCGCGGGUAGCCAGCAGGGUGUCUAGACGGAUGGAAAUGUCCACCAACUGGUCGAACGACAGGUUGGUGUCCCUGCAGGCCAGCUCACGACGAACGUCCUCUCGUAGGCUACACCGGUAGUGGUCGAUGAGGGCCCUCUCAUUCCACCCCGCAUCCGCCGCUAGCGUCCGGAACUCCAGUGCGAACUCCUGUGCGCUCCUCUUCCCCAGUCGGAGGUGGAACAGACGCUCUCCCGCCGCUUUCCCCUCAGGUGGAUGAUCGAAGACAGCCCUGAAGCGGCGGGAGAACUCCGCGUAGGUGAUGGUAGCGGCGUCUAUUCCCCUCCAUUCGGCGUUGGCCCACUCCAACGCCUUGCCGGAUAGACAGGAGAUGAGGGCGGAGACGCUCUCGUAUCCCGAGGGCGCCGGGUGUAUGGUGGCCAGGUAGAGUUCCACCUGCAGGAGGAAUCCCUGACACCCGGCUGCAGAACCGUCAUAUGCCCUCGGGAGCGAGAGCCGAAUGCCACUGGGUUCCGGUGCUGAGAGAGGAGGACUGGCCGUUGGUGAUGGGAUGGUGUAAGAGUGCGUGGGCACCUCUCGAGUCACCAACCGGCGCAGAGUGUUGGACACCUCGUCCAUGGCGGCCCCAAGUUGCCGGAUCAUGGUGUCUUGGUAGCUGAUCCGGUCUUCCAGGGAUUCGGGUGCCGCCGCUGUUCCUGCUGACUCCAUAGAUUGGUGUGUUGUUCUGUCAGUAGUUCCGAUGUGGAUGUGGUGGAGGAGUCAGGCGCAGGACACAGAGGAUACGUCCAAAAGACUUUAAUAGUCCAAAGAGCAACAAACAAAACACGACCUCGAAAACAGACGGAGGCGAGGCAAUUACGCAAACACGCGUAAACAAUAAUCCCAAACAUAGACAGAGUGCAGACACGCAGCUCUGCACGACAGGCAGAAAAUAACAACACACAAUCAGACUAAUGCAAAACACGGAACUUAUAAGACAAGUAAUCAACACACAAAUGGACACAGGUGUAAAAGACAGACAAAAGCAAUCACACUACGAAACAUAGAGCGGUGGCAGCUAGUACUCCGGGGACGGCGAACGCCGAAGCCUGCCCGAACCAGGAGGAGGAGCAGUCUCGGCAGAAUCCGUGACAAUGCACUGGCAGACAAAGCAAGACUGAGAGUUUGACAGUAUAAAGACAAGGCAAUAUUAUCAACUGUAAUAAAUCCCCAGUCAAUAAAAUAUUAAUCAUACAAAUAUCUGUUCAGUGUGUGAACCAAAUGUUGCUGUCAUCCUAAAUGUUUUCAGGCGCUCCAAUUCAUCUGAAAAUAGAACAUCAUUGGGCAGAGAUAGGAAGAGCUAUAUCUGCGUGAAUGACAAUACAGUGAUCAACAAAGUGCCCGUGGAUAUAUGGGUGGUCGCUUCUAUGGGCAACUGGACAUGCCAGUCACUCAGAACCUCUGUUAUACUUUCUGAAAGAGGUAAAUCAUUUUUAAAAACUGUUAUUCUGUGUAAAAUACAGGCUAAGAAUCCACAAAGGACUUGACACAAAUGACCAUGGUAUAAUUUUAAUCCCAAGAUUUAUGUUGUAAUCUUUGCUCUUGUGUAACAUUAACAUUGCUUUGCUUUCUCCCUGCAGUUAAGUAUGAAGCUCCCCAAAGUAUGUCUAUGUCAAGAUCCUCGAGCAAUCUUACCCUCAGCUGGGAUAACAAGAAAGGUAAUAAAGGUGCUCAGGGCUGUGCCUCAGACCUUUGGGAGGGCAGGUGCUCAACAACAUUUUUCCAAGAUUCAAGAGUUCAUGAGAGAUUAGCUCGUUUGUUGUGUUACAAGUAACAAGAGAGAAGUAACACAAUUAUUUUAUUUAAAAAACACAACCAAUCUGAAAAAGCAAUUUCUCAUCUGUGCAGUGCCUGAAGGUGCUGUAAUAGAGGUCAGGUUCAGAAGACUAGGGGAAACCUCAGGGACAUGGGUGAGACCUCUUAUUUUCCUUGCAACAAUGUUCCCAUUCAUUAUUUACUCAUUUUCUGAUUAGAUAAGUAUUUUUGCCUCAAUUAAUUUGACCUUGUCUCUGUUGGUCUAGAAGACAUUUAAGACAGAAGUCAAACAAGGUGAGCUCCUUUCAGUUUCAUUUUUAGAUCUUUUGAAAAAUAAGCAGCCCUUUCAUUGAGAAAGUACAGCCCUUUCUGGCAUAUCCCACAUGCAGUAGAGAGACAACACAUUAUUGUAAUGUUUAUUUAGUUAUUUUACUGCAGUGUGGGUCUCAAUAAAAUUCAGUAUUUGAAAAGUGCAAAACUAUCACUACUAGAGUGAGACUUGCAGUAAACCUGUGUUUGUCUAUACAGCCAUCGUCACACUGGAGAAUCUCCAGAACCAAUCUGUGUACCAACUGCAGGUCAGACAAAAGUCCAAGCUGGUCAAACAUCCUCUGUGGAGUGACUGGACUCCAAUCCUGGACGUUCCCCCUGGUGAGCAAUGGAUAUUUAAAUAAGCUGUAUGUGCAGCAGCCUACAGUGAAACUCACCAGGGUUGAGGGGAAUUCUAUUUGAAAUCAGUCAAUUCUGUUCAUAUAUAGAUGAUGAUUGGAAACAGUGGCAAGUUUUUCAAUUCAUGAAUUUAAUUUCAAUCUACUGUAUUGUCAGAAUUUUUAAUUGACUCUAUGCCCCAAGAUGAAGACACAUUCCUGGCUUUGCCCUUCUAGAAUUGAUGAGGGUGUACCAUUUCUGGUUGUAACUGUCAUUUUGUUGCAGAAAUCCAAAAUCCCCCAGAGGUUAACUGGACAGUCAAGGAUUUUAACAAUGGUACUCGACUACUCAAGCUGACUUGGGGUGUAAGUUACAAAAUGCUACACAUUGAAAUUUAAGUAACAUUCUAGACUCUGCUGAUUACGAUUAGGCUCGUAAUGUGUUUCAAACAGUUGCAUCACUUAAAUCUAUUUGUGUACCCCCUGUGUCUUCCAGACACCACCCUAUCCAGUCUCUAUGCAGGUGAAUUACAACCUCUCUCUCCAUAUUUGGCCUUGCCUACUAAAGCGAAAGAACUUCACCAAUGUCACUACCACUGAGUUCAGUGUUUAUGUGACUUACUCUGCUGUCAGUGGUGAUAUUGUUGCCUUUAAUAAGGUGGGAAAGUCAUCCCCUACACAUAUCCUUGUCCCAGCAAAACAUCUUACAUUUCCCAGCAAGUGUAAGUAUGUGUGUGUGCAUGCACGUGUGUGUGUGUGUGUGUGUGUGUGUGUGUGUGUGUGUGUGUGUGUGUGUGUGUGCUUAUGCUCUACACCUCUACACAAUUAUGUUAAUUCCUUAAAUCAAAAUGUUGUUAUUUAAUUUCCAAUUAGCUUGGCCUGAUGACAAACUCAUCCCAUUCAAUUAUUCGCAUGGCUUUGCGAAAUCCUGCCUGGAGUGGUACAAGUUAACAGACGGAGAAACACGACCAGAAAAAGUGAAUAGAUCAAAACUAAAUGGAGCCGUGAAUGAAAAACUAAAAUCUAUCAGACUAAGUAAGUAAUUUUUUUACAGAAUAGGAAAUGUCUGUGUUUGUUUUACUGUGCUUUACCAAGUGUGAUAUACCAAGAUAUACAGGUGGUAUGUCUCUCAAAUUAAAGAUAAUAAACAAGUCUGGUUUUGUUUCAGAGAUGGAUGACUAUGUACGCUACUAUUACCUCGUUCACAAACAAACUGAUGGAAAGCCACAAACAACAGAGAUGUGUCUCAUGUAUAAAGAGCAGGGUGGUAAGCAAAGCUCAAAUAAAAUAUCUGACUGUCACAGCAAUGCUUGAUGAUGCAGUUCUUCCCUACAAAAUAAUGCAACAGUAUCUAACACAGAUGUCUUGUUUUCAGCACCCAGUAAGGCUCCUAUUCUUAAUGUUAAUGUUACAACCAAUUCUGCAAUGCUGCAUUGGAAACCUAUUCCUGUGCCAGACCAGCAAGGUUUCCUUACACACUAUGAAGUCUGCUACACAAAGAGAAACCAAACAGGUGAGUCCCACAUUAAAACUGGUAAAGUCCUCCUCCUAAUUAAAUGAGUCGAUGCUCUGUGGUGAACGUGUAAUUUAUGUAAUUGUGUAAUUCAUUUAUAUAUAUGAAUAUCACAUUUCUGUCUCUUAUCAGAGUGUCACAACAUCUCAGCAUCGAAAACAGAGUACCUUGUUCAAAACCUGACACCUGGGUCCAUGUACAUCAUCCAUCUUGCUGGAGCAACAGCUGUCGGCUUAGGACCAAGGACAACUAUCCAUAUCGUGACAAAGCUUCUACCCCAGUCCAUUAUUGGUAGGAAUCAGAAAUGUAUACAUUCUUUUUAUGGCACAGACUAGACCAGAGAACCAUCAAAAAGGUUAAACUAUUUUGAAAUGAUGUGAGUCCACAUGUUAUAAUUUAUUUUAUCACUCGUGAUUUUCACUUUUCAAAUGAGUGAUAUGAGGAUGCUGCCUGCAUUAUUUUUUCCUAUAGCCUCAAGAUGCUUAUCAAACUCACCAAAAUAAAAUAAAAUAAUGAUCUUCUUUAUCUUUUCCAAUAAGGUUGGAUCAUAGCUGGCAUAAUUGUUUUAAUUGCAAUAUUAAUAACAGUAUGCUUGUUUAUCAUCAAGAGGUGAGCUGAAUAUAUAUAUAUUUUUAUAACAUCAGAUCUUCAGGAUUAGCAAGAAAACAUAGUCUUUCAGGGAUGAAUAUUUUUCAUUUUCUAAUAACAUCAAAAAGAUUUCACACAUCAUACUAAACAGCAUCUAUAACUUUGAUCUAAUUCUAAGACAUAAAAUAAAGAUCUUCCCACCAAUACCACAUCCUGUGGUCGAAGAAUCAGUGAAUUAUCGAGCGAGGAAUCAGGUAAGAUCCUUUUUACAAUUUACAUAUUUAGGAUUGUGUUCAGACUUUACUGUGCAGAACUCUGUGUUUUCCCUAAAUGUCCUGCUUUGUAAGAAGUUAGACAUGCACUUUGGUAUUUCAAGUCAGAAUGCAUGCAGCACAUGAUUGAACUGAAACAUAAUUGAAAGUAGACAUCACAUGACAUGCUUUGUUCUUUUACACUAAAUCACAAAUUAUAAAGUACCAUAGCUAUGAUUGAGCCCUGUCAGGCUGCCACCAUAAAAGGUAGGGUUAGUUAUUGCGUCUACAGAGGUGCUCAGGUCUAUAUGAAUGAAUACAUUGGUGUGAGGAAAGCACCUGCUGAGCAAGCAAAGCACAAUCGUGGUGAGAAGAAACUGCCUUUUGCACUCACAGACACCACAAACUUUCCAUAUAUUCAACAAACAAUAUUGCACCCCAAACUUAUUCAAAAGCUGGUUUAUAAACUCAUGUGAAUGAGGUCAACUUUCUUGCAUAACGUUUUAUAAAACAUACAAUGCAUUCGGAAAGUGUUCAGACCCCUUGAUUUUUUCCACAUUCUGUUACGUUACAACCUUAUUCUAAAAUUGAUGAAAUUGUUUUUUUCCCUUAUCAAUCUACACACAAUACCCCAUAAUGACAAAGCAAAAACAGGUUUUUAGACAUUUAUACCAAAUUUAUUACAAAUAAAAAACUGAAAUAUCACAUUUAUAUAAGUAAAACAGACCAUUUACUCAGUACUUUGUUGAAGCACCUUUGGCAGCAAUUACAGCCUUGAGUCUUCUUGGGUAUGACACUACAAGCUUGGCACACCUGUAUUUGAGGAGUUUCUCUCAUUCCUCUCUGCAGAUCCUCUCAAGCUCUGUCAGGUUGGAUGGGGAGCGUUGCUGCACAGCUAUUUGCAGGUCUCUCCAGAGAUGUUAGAUCGGGUUCAAGUCCGGGAUCUGGCUGGGCCACUCAAGAACAUUCAGAGACUUGUCCCGAACCCACUCCUGCAUUGUCUUGGCUGUAUGCUUAGGGUCGUUGUCCUGUUGGAAGGUGAACCUUCGCCCCAGUCUGAGGUCCUGAGCGCUCUGGAGAAGAUUUUCAUCCAGGAUCUCUCUGUACUUUGCUCCGUUCAUCUUUGCCUCGAUCCUGACUAGUCUCCCAGUCCCUGCCACUGAAAAACAUCCCCACAGCAUGAUGCUGCCACCACCAUGCUUCACCGUAGGGAUGGUGCCAGGUUUCCUCUAGAUGUGACGCUUGGCAUUCAUGCCAAAGAGUUCAAUCUUGGUUUCAUCAGACCAGAGAAUCUUGUUUCUCAUGGUCUGAGAGUCUUUAGGUGCGUUUUGGCAAACUCCAAGCGGGCUGUGAUGUGCCUUUUACUAAGGAGUGGCUUCCGUCUGGCAACUACCAUAAAGGCCUGAUUGGUGGAGUGCUGCAGAGAUGGUUGUCCUUCUGGAAGGUUCUCCCAUCUCCACAGAGGAACUCUAGAGCUCUGUCAGAGUGACCAUUGGGUUCUUGGUCAACUCCCUGACCAAGGCCCUUCUCCCCCGAUUGCUCAGUUUGUCCGGGCGGCCAGCUCUAGGAAGAGUCUUGGUGGUUCCAAACUUCUUCCAUUUAAGAAUGAUAGAGGCCACUGUGUUCUUGGGGACCUUCAAUGCUGCAGACAUGUUUUGCUACCCUUCCCCCAGAUCUGUGCCUCCACACAAUCGUGUCUCGGAGCUCUAAGGACAAUUCCUCCGACCUCAUGGCUUGGUCUUUGCUCUGACAUGCACUGUCAACUGUGGGGCCUUAUAUAGACAGGUGUUUGCCUUUCCAAAUAAUGUCCAAUCAAUUGAAUGUACCACAGAUGGACUCCAAUCAAGUUGUAAUUAACAUCUCAAGGAUGAUCCAUGGAAACAGGAUGCACAUGAGCUCAAUUUCGAGACUCAUAGCAAAGGGUCUGAAUACUUAUGUUAAUAAGGUAUUUCUGUUUUUUAUUUGUAAUACAUUUGCUAAAUUUUCUAAAAAACUGUUUUCGCUUUGUCAUUAUGGAGUAUUGUGUGUAGAUUGCUGAGGAAAAAGUUUUAUUUAAUAUAUUUUAGAAAAGUCAAGGGGUCCGAAUACUUUGGUGCAUUAUAGUUGUAAAGCAUAAGUAUCUGGUGCACGACUUUAUGUGUGUGCUUAACUUGAACCUUUGUCCAAGUCAUGUAUUGAUACUGACAUCAUUGAGACAUGGACAUCUCAAGUCAGGAUUUGAUCCUGAAUGGUUAUCCCUUUGUUUCAACAGGACAUGUAUGAGAUGGAGGAGGUGCAUGAGCUGCAGCUACAUGACAAUUGCAGCCAAGACCCCAACCCUGAGGAAGCAACUGUCCUAGAGGUGUCUGAGACAUAUGAGUGUGAAGACAUGGACGAGAAGUGCCUGGGAGACUCCAGCACCCCAGUCAGUGACCCGCUGAGCCCUGAUCACAAGGGCCAGGUGUUACGUCUAGAAACCACUGAUCCAAGCCAAGGAGAGAUUGACUGUGAGGUCACCAUGCUGAUGUACAGGAACGGUCUGGUCUUUGAUAUGAAAGCAUACUCCACUGAGGAUGUCGGGACGCCACUGUAGACAUCACUGCGGUAGUACUUACUUGAAGCCUGUAAUUAUAAUGCAUGACCCCCUUAUUAUGGUGUAUUGUCAU